AGAGGGCACAAUGGCGCAGCAAGUGCAGCACGUAUUCAAGGCCACACUGGCCAAAACGGCGGGCCAAAGGGCGAUGUCUACCGGUAUCAUCGGCACGUUGGAUGGUGGUUCGGCGGCGAAGAAGACCGCAACACAAUCGUCCGGUCUGCACAUGUCCGUGCAGCGCAGCUAUCCGCUGGCGGCCGCCCUUCCACUUCCCCCGAACAUCGAUGCAUCGGAAACGAGACGCUUUUCGCCGUUGCGCUCGCGCGACAUUAAUGCGACGGCGCUGCUGACGCACCAAUCGUACGCACCGAACGCCGGGCUGAUCGACGUAACGGUGGACAUGAGCAAUGGUGGCCAGCAGGGUGCGGUCGAUCCGCACGUCGAAUCGUACGACUGUACCGGCGCGGUCAGCCUGAACUCGUCGAUGCAGAGCAACGUGCCGAGCCCGUUCGGCGGCAUGCACAAGUUUACGCAUCUGAACAUGCCGGGCGGUGCCUGGGCGCAGGAGAGCAAGUUCCUGUCGCACGAGCUGAACUCGUCGCACUACACCAACCUGCGGCAGGAGGUGCGCUCCGACUGGAGCAGCUACGAGGACCGUCCGAUCAAGACGGAAGGUAUGCAGCAGCACCAGCUGCUAGGGUCGGGGGGAUCGGUCAAUUCGUUUUCCAGCGGUAGUAGUAGUAGGGCCUUUUCGCUAAGCUCGUCACACCUAUUGGCAGUUUCGUUUGCACGCUCUAACAAAGCUUCUGCUAGUGGCAGCGCAGGGGAGCAAAAUUCUGAGGGCAAGGGUGUGGCUAAUGAGGAACAGGUUGUCCCCGUCUCGCGCAAAGAUCGGCUCAAGAAGGCGAUCAAGGAGUACGGCUCCACCGUGCUCGUGUUCCACGUCAGCAUUAGUCUGGCGUCGUUGGGCACCUGCUAUCUGCUGGUAUCGAGCGGAAUAGAUAUGGUGUCGCUGUUGGAACGCAUGGGCUGGGGCGAUUCGGCGCUGGCCAGCAAGGCGGGUGCCGGCGCCGGCACGUUCGUCAUCGCUUACGCCAUCCACAAGGUGUUUGCGCCGGUGCGCAUCAGCAUCACGCUCGGUGCGACACCGCUCAUCGUGCGCUACCUGCGCCGGAAGGGCAUCCUGAAGCCACCAGCCGGCAGCUCGUCGUCCCCAGCAUCAUCGAAGCCGACUGAACAAUCUUAGGAAUAGGACAUUCACCAUUAAGCUGUGCUUUGGGCUGUUCGAGAGCGCUUAGCGGAGGCGGAGAGAGUGAGAGUUUGAGAAUGGGAUAGAGAGUGUAUAUUUUUAUAUUUGAAAAACAUUUGCAAUUAUUCUGUUACGCAUUCAGCAAUAAUAAAAAAAGCUAUCAUAGCAGUAGGUGCCGUACCAACGCACAAAGGUGCUGGUUUAAAUAUA